AUGUUGAAUACGACUCCUAUCAAUCUUGAUCAAUGGUUAAAAGAGAAUUCACACCUUUUACAACCACCGGUUAACAAUUUCUGUCUUCACAGAGGUGGGUUUACGGUGAUGAUUGUGGGUGGACCCAAUGAACGUACAGAUUAUCACAUCAAUCCAACACCAGAGUAUUUCCUUCAGAAGAAGGGCCAUAUGACUUUGAGGGUUGUUGAUGAAUCCUCUGAAGGUGACGAUCGUUUUAAAGAUAUUAGGAUUGAUGAAGGUAGUUCUUACUUGUUACCAGGUAAUACACCUCACAGUCCAGUUAGAUAUGCCAAUACCGUGGGGAUAGUCGUGGAACAAGACAGACCUGAAGGAUCUCAUGAUAAGAUGAGAUGGUACUGUUCCAAAUGUAGAUCUAUUGUACAUGAAAUUGAACUACAGAUGCUUGAUUUAGGUACCCAAGUCAAAGAGGGUAUUCUAAGCUUUGAAAGCGAUGUGAGCAAAAGGACUUGUAAUAAAUGUGGGACUCUAAACUAUGCCAGACCAGUUUAG